UUAGAAACAUUUUUAGACUAUCCGUUCGUCGUCUACACGCAGCACGUUAGCGGACGCGACGGACAAAAAUUCGCCGUGAUAAAAAUCAUUUCACGCGUUUGAAAAAUUCCAAAGGCGAUGUGCUAAUUUAAUCAUAUUCAUCAUGACUUCAGAAGAUGAAAAUAAACUAGACAAUAUGAAUUUAAUGGUGUUAGAGCGUGACAACAAAGAUGCUGAGAGUCAGAAAAUUACAGAAGAUCCUAUAACGAAAGCGAUCGGUGCAAUCGGAAAAUGGCAGAUAUGGAUAUGCUUCGUGAUAUUCCUUGUAAAGUUUCCAGUAGCUUGGCAUCAGAUGAGUAUCAUAUUUCUAGCACCACCCAUGAACUUUACCUGCGCGAACUCCGACAAUGAUUUUGGAAGCACCUGUCUUGCUGAGUACAAGAAUUGUACCGACUUCCAAUACGAUCGUAGUGUCUUUCACGAGACGAUAAUUUCCCAAUGGAAUUUAGUCUGCAACAGAGAAUGGUUAAAGAGCUUGACACAGACAAUCUUCAUGCUGGGCAUUCUUGUUGGCAACAUGCUGUUUGGACAUCUGUCUGACAGAUUUGGCAGACGGAUGCCAUUUGUCGCGGCUGUCUGCCUUCAGUUGAUCACGGGUGUUACAACAGCCUUCUCUGUGGACUGGUAUAUGUUCACAAUCCUUCGCUUCUUGCUAGCAGUCGCCACUGGCGGCACAAUGGUCAGCAGUUUCGUUCUCAUAAUGGAAAUCAUCGGAGCAAAGUAUAGAGAGACAGUUGGAAUAUUAUAUCAGAUACCCUUCAAUUUGGGACAUCUAACAUUGCCUCUAUUCGGCUAUUUCUUAAGAGAUUGGAAUACUUUCCAACUAGCCAUUUCACUGCCUUCAGUCUUGUUUUUAAGUUAUUAUUUUUUGUUACCUGAAUCGCCAAGAUGGUUAAUAACAGCUGGUAAAGCUAAAGAAGCUGCAGUUAUAAUGGAAACUGCUGCUAAAAGAAACGGCUUACCAACCGAUGAAAUUGAGACAACAACACAAAAAAUAUCAGCGGGAUUGAACAACGCGGAUGAAGAGCACGCAUCUUUCUUAGCUCUGUUCCGUACACCGAAGCUGCGGGCACGCACAAUUGCUAUUUGUUUUAACUGGUUCGUCUGCGGGCUGUGUUUCUUCGGAGUGUCCCAGUACAUCGGACAUGUCUCUGGUGAUAUAUUCUCUAAUGUCGCAGUAUCGGCCGCUAUUCAGGUUCCUGGUACGUUAAUAUCGAUUUACGCCAACCGAGUCCUCGGUCGUAAAGUGACUUUGAUCAGUGCCAACUGCGUCACCGGUCUAAGCUGCCUGCUCAUCAUGGUAGUCCCCGACACCGGUGCUAGUCACUUGAGCCUUGGCUGUAUCGGCCUUUGGGGCAUGAGCAUUUCUUUCGCCACGGUAUACUUGUACGCUGGAGAACUCUUCCCCACUGUUGUACGGAAUUCUGGCGUUGGUUUAGCAUCGACUGUAGCAAGAAUCGGUUCUAUGGUAGCGCCAUUUGUAGCUACACUAAGACUGACGUAUUUCUGGCUUCCACCCUUAGCUUUUGGUGUUGUACCAUUAAUCGGUGCUGGACUCUGCCUAGUAUUACCUGAUACUCGAGGAAAGAAACUUCCAGAUACGUUAGAUGAAGGUGAAGCGUGAAGAUCUUGGUUAUAUAAUGAAUGAGGCUAAUUUAUUUUAGUGUGAUAUUUUUAUACAAACUGUGACAAAUAUGUAAGCUACAUUUUAUAAUUUUAGAUACGUAUUCUUAGUAUAAA